AUGAAGUCAGUGGACCGCGUCACCUUCAAAGUUAACGGGGAGCCAUGCUCAGUGAGUUCGGAGGUAGACUCAGACACAACGGUGCUCGAGUAUGUGCGCGACACUCUGAACUUCCACGGCACCAAGUUCAUGUGCAAGGAGGGCGGCUGCGGAUCCUGCAUCGUCAACGCCACCAUGCCGGAUCUAUACACCGGUGGCCGACGAACCAUGGCCAUCAAUUCUUGUCUAGUAUCAAUAACGUCGUGUCAAGACUGGGAGAUCAAGACUAUAGAGGGCUUAGGUGACCGCCGAACAGGGUACCACCCCGUCCAACGGGCGCUGGCGGAACACAGCGGCACACAAUGCGGGUACUGCAGCCCUGGCUGGGUCAUGAGCAUGUACAGUUUGUUGGAGUCCAAUCAUUAUGACCUCACCCAGUUGCAAAUAGAAAAUUCAUUCGGUAGUAACAUAUGUCGUUGCACCGGUUAUCGUCCAAUUCUUGAUGCGUUCAAGACCUUUGCAAAAGACGCGCCGAAACCGGAUAACCUCGCUGAUAUAGAAGACCUCAAAAUAUGCAACAAAUCUUGUGACAAAUCAUGCGAUGGCAAAGACUGGUGUUUAGUUAAUAAAGUUGAUGCUAGGUCAAAUGAAAUGAAGAAGAUUAUUUUGAAAGACAAACGUACAUUUUACAUAGUGCAUGAACUAAAACAAAUUUUCGAGAUUUUGAAGAAGGAAGGUGACGACUAUAUAUUGAUUGGAGGAAAUACAGGAAAAGGCGCCUACCCAAUAUUCGCGUAUCCCCGGGUCCUCAUAGACAUCAGCAGAGUGCUGGAACUGAAGACGCACGUCGUGGACCAGAACCUGGUGCUGGGAGCUGCGACCACCCUCAACGACACGAUAUCGAUCUUCUACGAGGUCUCUCGACAACGCGAGGAAUUCAGUUACCUUGCAUUGCUCGCUGACCACAUAACGUUAGUGGCCCACAUACCUGUAAGAAAUAUAGGCACCAUAGCUGGAAACCUCAUGGUUAAACACAGGGUGCCUGUGUUCUCGUCUGACUUAUUCUUACUGUUGGAGACCAUUGGAGCUGUCCUUGUUAUCGUUGAUAAACAUGGAACGGUAUACGUGGUGACGCCAGCCGAUUUCCUUCACCUGGAUAUGACGGGGAAACUUAUAACAGAAAUCAGGAUACCACCAUACUCACAAAAUUAUCGCUUUGUUUCAUUUAAGAUAAUGCCGCGGGGUGCGAGUGCGCACGCGCAGGUGAACGCGGCGUUCCUGUACGAGUUCGCGCGCGACGGCGAGACCGUGCGCUCGGCCAGGAUCGUGGUCGGCGGCAUCUCCGCCGCCUUCGUGCACGCCUCGCAUACUGAGGAGUAUGUGGUCGGCAAGAAAAUCUUCACGGACGAGGUGCUGCAAGGAGCGCUGAAGGUGCUGGAACAGGAACUGAAGGCUGAGGAAAUCGCAGGAGAAUUGAAACCUGAGUAUAGAAAGAAGUGUGCUUUGGGACUAUUCUAUAAGAGUCUGCUGGUGUUGAUUCCCGAGAGCCGACUGAACCCUCGUUAUCGCUCGGGGUCUCGCCGUCUGCGAAGGACGAGACCUUUGUCUAAGGGGUCCCAGGAAUACGAUACUAACCCCCUCAUCUGGCCUAUUACAGAACCUUCACCUAAGGUAGAGGCAUUGACCCAGUGUGCCGGUGAAGUGAAGUACGUGAACGACCUACCCUCGCAGCCUCGGGAAGUUUUCUGCGCCUUCGUCACAUCGGAUAUCUGCACCGGAGAGCUGUUGGACAUCGACCCUACACCCGCACUGAAACUGCCCGGUGUGAUUGCUUUCUUCUCAGCAAAAGACAUACCAGGGCCGAACUGUUUUCUUCCACCUCAAGUACCGAUACUUUUAAGCAGCGAGCAGAUUUUCUGCGACAGUCAGAUCAAGUAUUACGACCAACCCAUCGGAGUUAUAGUCGCAGAGACUGACAAACUUGCCAACCGGGCUGCUCUGCUGGUGCACGUCAAAUAUAAGAAAGACACGAGAAAACCAGUCUUAACUAUUGCAGAAGCUGUAAAAGACCCAAACAGAAUAUCAUUAUUCAGUGCCAUACCAGCACGAAACGCUGGUGGAAAUGUGCAGAGAGUUAUCAAGGACUAUAACAGGAUACUGCAUCAGUACCACUUCUCGAUGGAGACGCUUCACAGCGUGACCAGGCCUAGCGACGACGGUCUGGACGCUUUCAUCAGUACGCAGUGGGCUGACGCCGUUCAGUCAGCUAUUUCAUACGCUCUAGAUAUUCAAUCAAAUCGAGUAAACCUAGUGAUACCUCGUAACGGUGGUGCGUACGGAGUGAAGCUGACCCGGCCCGGCUGGAACGCGACCGUGUGCGCGUUGGCCACGUACCUCACCAACCGGCCCUGCCGCUUCACCAUGAGCAUCCAGGCCAUGCUGAGAGUUAUAGGGAAGAGGCCUCCGGCAACUGUGGAGUUUGAGGUGGGCGUUGACGACAGAGGUGAGAUCCAGUACCUGGAUUACAAUCUAUACGAGGACCUUGGCUACGUAUACAGUGACCAGUUUGUCAUUCUAAUAUCGUCCGGCAUUAAAAACUGCUACGAGAAUUCUCGCUGGUCAAUGAAGAUAUAUGACGUUUUAACAGAUACAGCUACCAGCACAUGGAUGAGGUCACCAGGCAAUUUUGAAGCAAUAACACAUACUGAAAUGAUAAUGGAAGAAAUAUCCUACGUCAUUGACAAAGACCCCGCAGAGGUUCGACGUGCCAAUAUUAACCCCCAAUACCCGGAAGUAACUGAGAUGCUCGACGAACUGUUGCAAGAUAGAGAAUACUAUAGAAGAAAAAAGGAAGUUGAUGAAUUCAACUCCAGAAACCGUUGGAAAAAAAGAGGAAUACGAAUAUCCGCCAUGAGUUGGGGAGCUAGCAUAAAUUCCGGAUUCCAAGUUGAUAUAAAUGUUUUACAUAUUGAUGGCACUGUAGUCGUAAAGCAUGGGGCCAUUGAGAUCGGUCAAGGGGUGAAUACAAAAUUGAUUCAAGUAGUUGCAUACACAUUGAAUAUUUCUACAGACAUGGUGAAAGUAAAAUCAUCUGAUUCGGCAACAGCAAAUAGUUUCUUAGCUGGCACGAGCAGAGCUUCAUCCUCGGUGUAUAUUGGUGCUAUUAAAUGUUGUCAGGUGUUGCUUGACAGGUUAUCAGCAACAAGAGAGACGCUGAACAACCCUUCUUGGGCGUUGUUGGUGCAAACCGCGUUCCUAGCGGGAAUCAAUCUGCAAACAAGUUACUACACGACAUCAAAUGAUACGGUGAAUUAUAGAGUGGGAGGAGUAGCUAUGGCUGAGGUGGAGUUAGAUAUAAUUACAGGAGAACAUGAGAUUAGGAGAGUUGAUAUAAUUGAAGAUGCUGGAACACCGAUUAACCCAGAAAUUGAUAUCGGACAGAUCGAAGGUGCCUUUGUCAUGGGCAUGGGGUACUGGACCUCAGAGCACAUCAUUUACGACGAAAACACCGGGGAGAUCUCACAGACAGGACGUGGUUCUACCAUGUGCCAAGUGGGGCUGAUAUACCUCUUGAUUUUAGGAUCAAACUGAGGAAAAAUUCUUACAACCCCAGAGAAGUGUUGGGCGGUAAAGCCGUUGGAGAACCUGCUACAUGCUUGUCGAUAUGCGUGGCAUUUGCUCUGAGAGAAGCUAUAGCGGCAUCUAGGGAGGAGACAGGGUUUCCACGCACGGAGUGGUUUCACGUCGAUGGCCCAUUCACAUUGGAAGCAAACGUGCUGUCAGCAGAUGUGCGACUUGAUGAAUU